UAUUAGCGUUAAAAAUGAAUGAAGAGAUUCGCUCGUAGAAUAGCAACAACGUUACCAAAAGCUCUUGUCAAUCCUACUUGUGCACUCUUUGUGAGGGCGGCUAGGGUUUCGCCCUGUAAGUCAAACUUUGCUUCUUAUUUAUCGUCUUUCACCUCGUCGUAUUCUCAUCCGUCACCUGCGGUGACAAUUGCGGCCGUCGAAAUGCCGGAUUCUGCGGAGUGGUCCGCAAAUAAGGUCCGGGACACCUUCAUUAAGUUCUUUGAAGACAAGGAGCAUGUGAACUGGGAAUCGAGUCCAGUUGUUCCAGUCAACGACCCGACUCUUCUCUUUGCCAAUGCUGGUAUGAAUCAGUUCAAGCCAAUCUUUCUAGGGACAGUUGACCCCAACACCCAAUUAAGCAAACUCACCCGUGCUUGUAACACCCAAAAGUGCAUUCGUGCUGGAGGAAAGCACAAUGAUCUUGACGAUGUUGGGAAAGACACGUACCACCAUACGUUUUUUGAGAUGCUCGGAAAUUGGUCAUUUGGUGAUUAUUUCAAGGAAGAAGCCAUUGGAUGGGCUUGGGAGCUUCUUACAAAGGUGUAUAAAUUGCCAGCAGAUCGGUUUUAUGCCACCUAUUUUGGUGGUGAUGAGAAAGCUGGUCUUGCCCCUGAUACUGAGGCAAGGGAUUUAUGGUUGAAGUUCUUACCACUGGGACGUGUGCUGCCUUUUGGCUGUAAAGAUAAUUUCUGGGAGAUGGGCGACACAGGUCCUUGCGGCCCUUGCACUGAAAUACAUUAUGACAGAAUUGGCAAUCGUGAUGCUGCAUCAUUGGUUAAUGAUGAUGAUCCUACAUGCAUUGAAAUAUGGAAUCUUGUCUUUAUUCAGUUUAACAGGGAAAGCGAUGGGACCUUGAAGCCUUUGCCCGCUAAGCAUGUUGACACGGGAAUGGGUUUUGAAAGAUUGACUUCUAUACUCCAGAAUAAAAUGAGCAAUUAUGAUACUGAUGUUUUUUUGCCGUUCUUUGAUGCUAUCCAACAGUCAACAGGAGCUCCUCAUUAUUCUGGAAAAGUUGGAGCAGAUGAUGUGGAAAAAAUUGACAUGGCAUAUAGAGUUGUUGCCGACCACAUAAGAACUCUCUCUUUUGCCAUUGCAGAUGGUUCCCGGCCAGGCAAUGAGGGUCGGGAAUAUGUUCUAAGGCGUAUUUUACGUCGAGCUGUUCGUUAUGGAAAUGAGGUCCUAAAAGCCCAAGAAGGAUUUUUUAAUAGGCUAGUAAAUGUUGUUGUGAAAGUCAUGGGUGAUGUUUUCCCGGAGCUGAAACAACAUGAAGCACAUAUUAGGGAUGUAAUUGCAGAAGAGGAAACCAGCUUUGGCAGGACUUUAUUGAAAGGAAUUGAAAAGUUCAAGAAGGCUGCACAGGAUGUGGAUGGAAAAUUAUUAAGUGGACAGGAUGCUUUUAUUUUAUGGGACACAUACGGCUUCCCACUAGAUUUGACUCAGUUGAUGGCAGAAGAAAGAGGACUGUCAGUCGAUGUUGAAAGUUUCAAUGUUGCCAUGGAGGACGCUAGAGAAAGGUCCAGGAGUUCACAGAGUAAGCAAGCUGGUGGCGUUAUUGUCAUGGAUGCUGAAGCAACCUCCACAUUGCACAGGAGGGGUGUUUCUGCAACAGAUGAUACCUACAAAUUCAUUUGGUUCCAGGACCAUGAAACUGUAAUAAAAGCUAUUUACAAUGGUUCUGAGUUCCUGGAAAGUUUUGCCGGCAAUCAAGAAGUUGGUAUAGUUCUGGGAUCUACGAGUUUCUAUGCUGAGCAAGGUGGUCAGAUUUUUGACACUGGAUUUAUCCAAUGCCCAUUUAGCUCAUUCCAAGUUUGUAAUGUUCAAAUUUAUGGAGGAUUCAUCCUUCACAUUGGUCAUUUUACUGAAUCCACGGCUAGAUUUUCUGUCGGAGAUAUAGGUAUCUGUAAGGUUGACUAUGAGAGGCGUAACAAAAUCGCUCCUAACCAUACCUGCACACAUAUGUUGAACUUUGCUCUUAGGGAAGUACUUGGCAAUCAUGUUGACCAAAAGGGAUCUAUUGUUCUUCCUCAAAAACUGAGAUUUGAUUUUUCUCAUGGGAAGCCAGUUGAUCCUGAAAAUUUGAGGAAAAUUGAGUCGAUUGUUAAUGAGCAAAUAAAAGCUGAGUUAGAUGUAUAUGCCGAGGAGGUGACCCUUGCGGAAGCCAAACGUAUCAAUGGUCUACGGGCUGUUUUUGGAGAAGUAUAUCCUGAUCCUGUUCGAGUAGUGUCAGUUGGUCGGAAAGUGGAGGACCUUCUAUCGGAUCCUGAUAAUGAAGAAUGGUUAUCAAUUUCAGCAGAGCUUUGCGGAGGGACCCACAUCACAAAUACACGGGAAGCUAAAGCAUUUGUUCUUUUAUCUGAGGAGGGAAUUGCUAAAGGAAUCCGAAGGAUAACUGCUGUCACAACUGAUAGUGCUCUUGAAGCAUUGAGAGAGGCAUCCAAACUUGAGCAGGAAGUGGACGAGGCAUCCAAAACAGAAGGAAGUCAACUGGAAAAGAAAGUUGCAUCUCUGAAAAAGGAUGUGGAUUCGGCAGAUAUUCCAGCAGCUAAGAAGGCCGAUAUUAGGGCCAAGAUUGUCCUACUCCAGAAUCAAGUCAGACAAGUCCAAAAGAAAGAAAAGGAAGAAAACAUACAGAAAGCUGUCAAUGCUGCAAUUAAGAUGGCUGAAGUUGCUGCUUCUGAUGGGAGGUCAUUCAGUGUCGGCCAUGUUGAUGUUGGUUUAGAUACAAAUGCUGUUCGCGAGGCAGUGUUGAAAGUUUUAAAACAAAAGGGUAUAUCUGUAAUGGUUUUCAGUACAGACCAAGACACAAAUAAGGUUGUGGCAUGUGCAGGAGUGCCUGAGGGCAUGGAACUAGAUGCGUCAGAGUGGUUGAAAGAGGCUCUGGAGCCUCUGAAUGGAAAGGGUGGUAGAGGAAAAGGUGGUAUUGCUUCGGGCCAGGGAACAGAUGCAUCAAGCGUGAACAAAGCAUUGGAUUUGGCAGCUAAAUUUGCUUCAAUGAGAUUGGGAUGAGUUCUCGAGUGUCUUGGUUGGAUCCAUAGUGUUCCUGAUGGUUACUGGUUAUUAUCAACCUUCAUGGGGUAACUAUCAAAUGAAAUGACUGUAUAACUAUGAACUCUAGUUUAACCUUGCUAUUAAAGGCAACUGUUACAAACGUCAUUGGAAAAUUUAUUCCUCCACUGAGUCCCUAUUCCUGUAAAUCUUUAGACAAGAUAUAUGCUUCCACGGGCUUUUGUUCAUGGUCUUUUCCUUUUUAAGCGCCUAUGUUGGAACUCUUUUCUCAGUGGGAUAAUAUAUUAUAAGUUUAGUUGAACUUUA